CUCGGCAAAGUUGGAAAUCCACUGUACAAAAAAAAAAAUAGAGAAAAUCGGAUCCUUACCGGACCCGACCCGCCGUAGUUUUCAGGUCGACGGCGUUGUUCCUUCUCGGAUUACAGCUUCAGAAUCGUCCAACGUCUAUCUACGACUACGGCCAAGAUCUCACGUUCUCCAUCAAUGUUCUGGGCUGAAUGAGUUAUGGAAGAACCCUCUCUUACCAGUGACCAAUCACCUCAGGUGGAACACAGUGGCAUUCAUAAAGAUGGAAAUGAAGAUGCUCCAAUUUCGGAGUUAGAUGGCCAUCAUGGAAGGAAGGAAUUUGUUGCACCUGCUGUUGGAAUGGAAUUUGAGUCUUAUGAGGAUGCUUACAAUUACUAUAAUUGUUACGCUAAGGAAGUUGGUUUUCGUGUUAGAGUGAAGAAUUCAUGGUUUAAGCGGAAUAGUCGGGAAAAGUACGGUGCGGUACUUUGUUGCAGUAGCCAAGGUUUCAAAAGAAUUAAAGAUGUUAACCGAUUAAGAAAGGAUACCAGAACAGGUUGUCCUGCAAUGAUAAGGAUGAGGCUUAUGGACUCACAAAGAUGGAGGGUUCUUGAAGUUUCACUUGAGCAUAACCAUUUAUUAGGUUCUAAGAUUUACAAGUCGAUGAAGAAGAUGAACGGUGGAGCUAAAAGGAAGAUACAGUUGAGCUCUGAUGCAGAAGAUCGAACUAUCAAUUUGUAUCGAGCACUUGUGAUCGAUGCUGGUGGUAGUGUGGCCACAGAUACUAGUGCCAAAAAAGUUAGGAUUAUUCCCGAUAAUCGAAAUCAUUUGAACCUUAAAAAAGGUGAUUCGCAAGCCAUUUAUAACUACCUAUGUCGCAUGCAGUUAACUAACCCAAACUUCUAUUACUCGAUGGAUCUCAAUGACGACGGGCGCCUGCGUAAUAUGAUUUGGGUCGACGCUCGAUCAAGAGCUGCGUGUGCUUUUUUUGGUGAUGUUAUUUGCUUUGACAACUCAUAUUUGUCUAAUAAAUAUGAGAUUCCCCUUGUGGCAUUUGUUGGAAUAAAUCACCACGGUCAGUCAGUGCUGCUUGGUUGUGGCCUCUUGGCUGGUGAGACAACAGAGUCUUAUACUUGGUUAUUUAGAGCUUGGCUGUCGUGUAUGUCGGGCCGCUCUCCUCAAACGAUUAUUACAGAUAGGUGCAGGCAUUUGCAAGCUGCGAUUACUGAGGUAUUGCCGAAGUCUCAACAUCGCUUUGGCUUGUCUUAUAUCAUGAAGAAAGUGCCCGAGAAGCUUGGAGGAUUGAGGAACUAUGAUGCCAUCAAGAAGGCAUUUAAUAAAGCAGUUUAUGAAACUCUGAAAGUGAUUGAAUUUGACUCUGCUUGGGGAUUCAUGAUCCAACGAUUUGGAAUUGGCGAUCACGAAUGGCUUAGAUCGCUAUUCGAAGACCGAGGCCAGUGGGCUCCUGUUUAUUUGAAAGACACGUUUUUUGCUGGUAUGUCUGCCAUGGGUCGAGGGGAGAAACUAAAUCCUUUCUUUGAUAAGUAUGUUCACAAACAAACCCCAUUGAAAGAAUUUCUUGACAAGUAUGAAUUAGCUUUACAAAAGAAGCACAAGGAAGAGGCCUCUGCUGAUAUAGAAUCAAGAAACUCUUCCCCCACUUUAAAAACAAGAUGUUCUUUUGAGUUGCAGCUCUCAAAAGUGUUUACAAGAGAAAUAUUCACAAAAUUCCAGUUCGAAGUUGAAGAAAUGUAUUCAUGCUUCAGCACGACACAGUUCCAAGUCGAUGGUCCGUUGGUCAUAUUCUUGGUGAAGGAACGCAUAGUGAGCGAGGGCAACCGGAGGGAAAUUCGAGAAUACGAGGUUCUUUACAACAGAACCGCAGGCGAGGUUCGUUGUAUAUGCAGUUGCUUUAACUUCUAUGGAUAUCUAUGUCGACAUGCGUUAUGUGUACUUAAUUUCAACGGGGUCGAGGAGAUUCCUUCUAGAUACGUGUUAUCCCGAUGGAAAAGGGAUUAUAAGAGAUUGCAUGUUCCAGAUCACGAAACCGAUAUUGUCGAUGGUUCCGAGCGCGUGCGAUGGUUCAAUCAGUUGUACAAAAGUGCCUUACAAGUUGUAGAAGAAGGGGUGAUUUCUCUCGACCAUUACAAGGCUGCAUUGCAAGCCUUCGAGGAAUCAAUAAGUAGGGUUCAUGAAACAGUAAGAGAAGAGAAGCAUGAGUAAACUCCGACUGAAGCUCGAUCGAAACGACAUGCUCGUCUAGAUAGAAAUAGUUGUUGCUAUACCAUUGAUACGGAAUUUUUACUGUGAAUCAGUGUAAAGUCUUCUUCACUCUUUUCUGAAUCUUUUGCCUGUUUAUGUCCUCUACGAACUUGAAGGGGUAUUGAAAGUAAGAAGAAUGGGCUGAGGUUUAAAAUAAAGGGGGAUCGCUGUUGGGAUUGGAA